CUAAAUCUGAAACAUAAAAUGGACGUAAAUGCGGCAAGUGAUUAAUAAUCUAAUAAUACGCUGCACCGCAAGAAUAUGACACAAUCAAAUAAUACGCACGCAAACAGCAAACAAGACACCGAUUCGGACUCGCUGUCUUUGAAUCCAGAACAACUAUUAGAAGGCCUAUUCCAAGCGCUGCAAAAGCUAUGGCUUCAGGGCCGCCGGCUUGUGUACUUCAUUAUGAGCGAACUAGGCGGCAAUGAGUUUUUCGAAGCUGCCGUUUCAUGGUGCGUCCAGCAUCCAGAUCUUUCGAUCUGUUUGCUGGCUGCAGGUUUUGUAUUCCUUUUGCCUUUGCUAAUCAUUUUUGGCUUUGGUUUUAUUACCUUGGUGAUAACAUUUACAGGCAUUCUAGUACUGGAAGGCACUUUAUUGACGUUUGUCUUGAUGAUAUUUUUUGCCUGCAUUGGAAGUUUGGCUAUUGCUUUCAUCAUCUUUGCUGUUGUUGCAUAUUUUGGAUUUUCACAGAUCUAUGGAUUCCUUGGAAUGGAGCGUUAUCGAGAUGCGUUUCUUAGAUUUUUACAAGAAAAUAUUAGUGCAGCUACAGUUAAUGAAUCAAAUUAGAAGUAGAACUUAAGCAGGUCAUAUUAAUAAGCUAUCAAAAAGAAAAUAUGUAGAAUUCCCAGUAAGAAAUAGACAUAUGAAUUAUU